AUGUAUGUUGAUGACUCCAUGAAUCCCAAAAAGAGAACUGUUGAAAUGUUUCACAGCAGGAUAGAUGAACUGAAUAGAGAUCAUAUAUUAGAAGAGUCCAUGGGCAAACCGGAUGGUUCAGUUUUAAUUGCAACCAUUGCUUAUGGCAUGGGAAUUGAUUGUAAGAAUGUGACAACUGUCAUUCACUAUGGUCCUUCUUACAACUUGAAGACAUACAUGCAAGAGAGCGGAAGAACAAAUAUGCAAAUGUGCAAGUCUGUCAUCCUGUAUUCAAGCUUAAUGAUGAUGCAUUGUUCCGAUGAAAUUAAGAGUUCUGUACGUGAAUCAUCAAAGUGCAGAAGAAAGAUGCUGUUAGAAAGCUUUGAUGAUGACUUGAAUAACCUGCCUGUGACACAAUACCCUCAACCAUUGUUGUGA